GUCCUCAGUUUAUCUAUCAGAGUGAGUUAUCUUUGAACCUAUCACUAUACAGCGCAUGCGCAGAGAAGUCAUGUCCAGUUUGUGACAGCAGAAAGGAGAUAGUGGCUCAUCAUAGCUUAAAGACGAUCUUUGUGGCCUCCAUCGGUCUGCAGCAUCAUCCGGAGCUUUCAGCCAUUUUCCACCUGCUUCAUUAAGCUGCUGGAACCGAACCUCCUUUGAAAUAUCGCCGCCUAGCAUCCAGAACCGGUUGUUGUCAUAUCCCGCUCCGCUGGACCCCGCUGGGAUGCAGACCGAGUUAGGACAGAUGAGCGAGCAGCAGCCGUGAAGCAUCAUGGGCGGUGGCAGAUGGACCAAGCAACCGUGGGCCGACCACUGACACGCAGACACACUCAGCAUGGAUCAAGGCUUCAGUUUAAAUUCUCUGAAGAAGCUGGCGGCGGAACCAAACUACACUGAUGUGACACUGACGGCGGCGGAGCGUGUGCGAGCGCUGGCGAAGAUGGGAUGCUGCGUAGAGAUCAAUGAGGAAAUCGAGCCCAGGCGCUACUUCCGCUCUGGAGUGGAGAUGGAGCGCAUGGCAGCUGUUUACCUGGAGGAGGGCAGCCUGGAGAACGCCUACGUCCUCUACACCAAGUUCAUCACGCUGUUUGUGGAGAAGCUGCCGAGCCACAGGGAUUACCAGCAGUGUUCGGCCAUCCCAGAGAAGCAGCUCAUCAUGAAGAAACUCCAAGAGGUGGCUUUUCCUCGGAAAGAGGAGCUGAAGAAACUUCUUCAGGAGAAAUACAGCAGGGAGCACUCGGAGUACCUCAAAGUACAGAGCCAGGCCUUGGUGGUGGAUGGGUGUGGUCAGCAGCUGCAGCAGCUGUCUUUAUUGGACGAGGACAGGCGGCGCCUCCUGCUGCUGGAGGAGGAGAAGCAGCGAGUAGCAGCGCUGCGACAGAUGCAGAUCGAGUCGGAACAAUUCCGCUACUUUGAGGAUCAGUUGAGGCGCCAGGAGCUGGCCAAUAAGAGAGGAGAGGAGGCGGAGCUAAAGGUACAGACCAAAGUGCCUGAAGUCACAGAUGGCUGCUGUUUGUCUAAGCAGCCAAUAAAAAGUGGCGUACGUUUUCAGGGAGUGGACCCGAACAGAAACAGGCCGUCUGUGACCAGUAACCAACCGGUUACCGGGUUAGCAGGAGUACACAAUCAGCGGGUGGAGGGUCUGAGGCGGGUGGUGAUUCCCAGAGAUCUGACGUACCAGUUCCUCCUGCUGGCCGACUCCAACACAACCAGAGGAAUAGAAACCUGUGGCGUCCUCUGCGGGCGACUGACCCACAACGAGUUCGUGCUGACUCAUUUAGUGAUCCCAAAACAAUCAGCUGGACCGGAUUUCUGUGACAUGGAGAAUGUGGAGGAGCUGUUUGGUUUCCAGGACCAACAGAACCUACUUACGCUGGGGUGGAUCCAUACCCAUCCCACCCAGACGGCAUUCCUGUCCAGCGUGGACCUCCACACCCACUGUUCCUACCAGCUGAUGCUGCCGGAGGCCGUGGCCGUCGUAUGUGCUCCCAAACACAAUGACUGUGUGUCUCAGUACUGGUGUAUUCAGACUGACCAGUGCGGGUAUGUUGGAAGUUUCCGGAUGCAGACUGAAAGGUUUCCAUCCCCACUCCAAGGAGCCUCUUCUGUUUACAGUCUGUAAACAUGUGGUGGUCAGGGACUACAAGCUCAACCAGUUGGACCUCAGGUGACAGAAAGGAAGCUCUGCGCAUCUGUUUACCCUCAUGCUUUUAUUCUGAAGAGAAAACUGUGAACUCGCUGCCUCAGCGUGUGUGCUAGUGUGUUUGUGUGAGCCUGUUAGCUGCCCUCACAGCCGCAGGUUUUUGUUGUUCUGCCUCUUGUCUGUGAUGCCGUAGACAAUGCAUCUACUGCACCUAAACAAACAUCAGAAGUCAGUGAUUGAGUGCCUUCACAUGGAAACGUACAGGAUGAAUGAUGCUCCUGAAUCUGCUGUGAAACCAGAAAUCCGUUGCUUUAUCUGCAUUGAUGUUUUUUAAUGACAGCAGACCGAAUUUAACCAUUUAAUGGUGUUAGAAAAACACCACAACUUUCACAUUUCUUUUUCAGUUUUGUUAUCCCUUGAACAUCUCCAAAAUGUGCAGCUGAUUUGUUCAGACCUAGCAUCCAUCAGGUUUUACCUCAGACUGAAUCUCUACCAGACUGGCUGUAGCUGCAUCUGGCCCUGUAGAGCUAAACCACAUUUCUGCCUCUCAGGCUGAAAGAGAGCUGCUGAGGAUAUGCCUGCAAACAUUUCUCAGGGCUUUAAUAUUGUUGUACAUGCUGCUGCUUGUAGCUUUUUGAACUGCUCAACUGAUCCUCUUAGUGUUUGAAAGAACUGGUUCAUUCUUAAUGCGGUGGGAUCCAAACAAGGCACUAACGUUUUUAUCAGUUUGUUACCUUAGCUACCUUAAGUCAGUAGGUCACUAGGGCUCACAAGACCCACACACACUGGUUGCCAUGGCGACUCUUAGCCUGCAGGUAGUACUGCACAGACAUGUAUGUUCGGAUUAUUGUGAAGCAUUAACCCGUCUGAUCAGAAGAGUGUUAUUGUAGUCGUGUGUUGUGUAGAAGCAUCAUCUCCGAUUGUAAUUCCUUUUAUUCAGGAUCUUUGUCAGAUGAAACCUGCAGCAUUGACUGCUGAGAGACCUCCAAGUUUUCUCCUGGGGAUUACAGAACAGCAGGUUCGGAAAACAAAAGGAAUAAAUCUGAUUUAUAAAAGUGAAAUUAAAUUGAAAAUAAAUUAAUAUAAUUUACCUCCCAAACAACAACAGUAUUUUCAGUUAUUUCUUAAGGUAUUCAUUUCUUUUUUCAUUUUUAAUUUUGGCAUGCAUUUUACAAACUUUGUAUGUAAUUUGAUUUAUGUUUGUUUUAUUGUGCCUUGUCAUUCUUUCAGCCAGCGUUAUGAUUUAGACCCCUUUAGCUGGUCAGUUUUAGAUAUGAAGAGGGGCUGUAACUUCUUCCCUUAAAUGUCUUCAUAAACUGAUCUUAUAUUUCUGCAAAGGAGAUCAAUUAAACAUUUUAACACUAUCAAGUUUGAUUUGAUUUAUAAAAGAAGUAAAAAGACUUUAAAUCUGACUCUCAAAGGAAAAUAAUGAAAUAAUAGAGACUGGAACCCAAGAGACAACCUAGAAAUAGACAAAAAAUCAGUCAAUGACCAUAUAAACAAAUUGUUGUCUAUUAAAACAGCAGUUUAAAUUGAAGUCAGGUAAAAAUUAAAAAUAAAGCUUUUUUUUGUGAGAGGAUUAAAGUUCUUUUACCUAAAUAGAUCUGGGGUAUUAUUUACAAAACGUUGCAUAGGAUCUGUACUAAAAGUGUACAUACGGCCAAAUGGCGUACGCCAAAAAACAAUCCAGGUUUAUAAAACCAAGUGCAAGCACACCAGCAAGCAGUUUCCCCUUUCUAAAUCACAGCUGCACCUCAACAAUAGCUACAAGGUUCCUCCUCAUUUUGUGCCCUCUACACACCCACAUUCAACCAGGGAUGUCAAUGUGUAUUUAAAUGAGCCAGCUGAUCAAUAUUGUUUCAUCGUUAUCAAUGGCAACCGCGAAGAAAAGAACAAAGAAACACAAUUUCACCAAGGCAGAAAUCGAUCUGUUGGUGAGUGAGGUGGAGAACAUAGGAUAGCCACAGUAAAGGGAAAUCUGAUGACGGGUCAUAUUAAUAAUGUCAUCCAGGACAGCAGGUAUUUCUGCGCUUAGUGCUGGCUGUUAUAUCCCAGACCUAUGGAUAAUUUCACAGAAUCAUGUUGUUCCUAAAAGUGGCUUCAGGCAGAGUUAAUUAACUGUUAAUUAUGUUAAACACAAACCUAUCAACUAAUUUGCGCUCCUAAGAACUGGUUGCCACGAACGCCAGAGUGGUUAACACCUGUAAUUGAACAGGGAUAGCAUGGUGCCGGCGGGCUGGUCUCUCCAAUACUGGACCCAUUUCAGCACAUAGAUCCAAGAGCAAUGCUCUAGGGAGUCUAAGUCAGCAAAUUAGCCAGUGAUCAUCAUGGGCCAGGAAACCUUGGUGUUCACUGAAAACGCGUUCCCUCCUAGUUUUCCCAUUUCCAAGGUCUCCCAGCAGUGCCAAUAGAUCGUGCAGCAUUACGCACGAGUGUCACCACGGUAUUUGUAAUUGCUUGACACCUUUUCACAAAUACUGUGGUCCACAUCACCCUAGUUAUCAUCGGGUAGAGGAAUGUGAUUGUGAGAAAACUUUGAUGAGAUAUUGUGCGGACUUUAAUUUAAGAAUUAAGUUGGCUGUACGGGUUUUUUUUAUUUGUGUGAAAGGUCCUUAUGCAUAGUUUUGGCUCACCAGAGACAGCAUAAAUAACACUUUGGGUUUGAAUUCUUAUGAUGCUGUCGCGCUAUGAUUAAAGUUUGAUAUGAAGUGAAAUUGAAUCUCUUAAAGGAAUCAUGAUACAGUGUGGCUUCAGUUCCCACCUCUCCAUCUGCAUCGCCAUUUUCCCCUGCCUCCACAACAAGAGUACGCCUGGGUCAGAGUUUGUGUGAGGUGCCAUGGAAGCUCAUUUAUGCCAUUCUGAUGGAAAAAAAAUCCUUGUAUAUCAUAAUUAUGAGAUAGCUAAGUUAAAGGUUUAAAGUUUCUUUUUUUCAUCAGAGUGGCAGAAAUGGGCUUCCAUAAGGGGCAGCACAUUCUCCUGUUAAGUUUGUUUUUUAUAGACCAUAACCUUCGCGUGAAAAGUGACGUUCAGCAGGUUCAGACCCAUUUUGUGUGUACGCCACGUUUAUAAAUGAGACCCCAGAACCACUCAUAAUGUAAGUAAAAAAUGUAAUAAAAACAACCUAGAAAAAUGUUGCAUGGCCCAUGAUAAAAUUUUGUAAUAAUCCAGUACCCUGUGUGUUGAUGUCAGCAGAUUUAUUUUAUUUGUUUGUGGUUUUGACUCUAAUCUUUCCUCACUUUUUGAAAACACAGUUAUGUUCUGCUGGUUUCUGCUAAUUGGUCAUUGUGUCAUGGACUUGAUCAGAGUGGUGGUGUGUUCAGAAUCUUUGUUCUGAUUCUGAGGGUCAUUAGCUGCAGUGCUGUAACUCAUCAGCUGUGUCCAUGAGUCUGACUGCUGUUUUUAAUUGAAUCACGUUUUUGGUAAUAAACCCAACUGCUGCUCAUCCACA